UUCUGACAGAAUUCUCGGUCCGUGAAUUUGUUUAUCAGCGAUAAUUUCGUUCCGUGGACCCGGAACUCCGGAAAAUUGGACGAGUUUCGAACAAAAAACGAACCUCGGAAAAAUAGUUUUUCGCGCGGGAGAUAAUUCGCCGUCGCCCGAAUGCGUACGGCAAAACAAAAUAACAACGAUUAUUACGUCACUAAGCCAUUUUGUAUUUCGUGAACGGAUCUAGUUUGUGUUUGACGGCGUUGUUUUCGGCCGUGUUUUCGAUUUCGGUAUUUUCGUGAGGCGGUGCACAGAAAAGAAUUCAAAAUUCCGGUACCGACGAGAAACAAGGACUAUACCGGCCAUUUCGGUAACGGUGACAUGAACAAACGGAAGAGCCGUGGUGGACCUAUAAGGAACCAGAGGCCCAAGAACGCCGCUACGCCUACUACGGUCCCUGCAGAGGGUGUCUACGCCAAUGCCCACUUCAUGCACGCUGCCACCUCGCUGGUGGGGGCGGUGGUGAGACUGAAGACGGUCAGCGGCUCAGUUUGGGAGGGAAUAUUUCGCACGUUCUCGCAAAAUUUCGACGUCGUCUUGGAGGUAGCUGCCAAGGUGGAAAACCCCAACUCCUCCAAUCCGACCUUAGCGGCCGACACCUACAUCGACAAGCUGGUGUUCAAGCUUGGAGACAUACUCAGCAUAUCGGCAGUGGACUUGGACAUGGAGUACCCGAUGCGGGACUACUUCCAGACGGACACGGCCAUCUCUUCGAAGCUGAACGGCAGCCUGCGGCCGGAGGAGCGCGUGCUCGAGCCGUGGGACCCGACGGGAGUGAACGGGGCCGACAUGCCGCUGGAGCUGGAGGCGGCGAACGGUUGGGACGCCUCCGAGAUGUUCAAGAAGAACGAGCAGGAGUACGGGGUGCAGAGCACCUUCGACCACAGCCUGAGAGGUUACACGGUGGCGCUGCAAUCUUCAGAUUCGGCCGAUUAUCGGGAAGCCGAAGCGAAAGCCAAUCAGAUCGCGAGCGAGAUCGAGAACCAGCCGGCGCACAAGGCGCGCGCCGAGCUUGAAAACGGCGACGAGGAGGCCAUGUUCGCCGCCGUCUCCCGCCCCCAGCAACAGCAGCAGCAGGAUGUAGCCUCUUCGAACGGCAAAUACGUGCCGCCGGCAAAGAGGAAGAACCAAAGCAGCGGCAAGCUGGUGCGGAGCACGCCGCCCCCUAGCCAGGGCCCCGCCCCCAGCCCCAAGGGACAGCCGCCCGCGCAGUACCCUCCGCCCCCGGCGCAUCAGAUGACUGCGCCGCCGCCGGCGGUGGUGCAUCAGAACAACACUCACCCCAUGGCAGCUGCUCACGGCCAGCACCUGCCUCACGCAGCGGUGCCGCCCCCUCAGAUGGGCAUCCCGCCGCCGCAGCAGCAACCGCCCCUGCAGCAGCAGCCGCCGCCGCCGCACCCCGUGGCGAACCACCACGGAGGCGGGCGGCCGCACUCGCACACGCCGCCCCACCACCACCAGCAGCAGCAGCAGUACCAGCAAGGUCCGCCGCCGAUGGCGGGCGGCCGCGUCGCCCAGCCGCCGCCCCCGCCUCACGGCGCGCCCAGCCCCAAGCCCGCGCAGAUGAACGGCGAGGCCAAAUCGAUGCCGCCGCCGCCUCAGCAGCAGCAGCAGCACAGGCAGAGGAACGUCUACGGCGGCGGCGGGCAGCAGCAAGGCGGCGGCGGCUAUCAGCAGCCGCCGCCCGAUAUGCACGUGGUCAAGGAUUUGCAUCAGUUCGCGCAGGAUUUCAAGCUGCAAGAGAAUGGACAGAUGCCGCCGCCGAAUGUUGACCAGCCUCCGCCACAAAUGAUGCAACCGCCUCCAACCCAACAGCACCCACAGCAACAACAACAGCAACAAAACUCCCCGCCCCAGCAACAACAACCGCAACAGUCGGUCUCGCCCCAACAGCAGCAGCAACAACAGGACAUUGAAAAGGUGACGAGCACGCUGAAAAAAUCCAAGCUGAACCCGAACGCUAAGGAGUUCAGCCCGACGGCCAAGCCGUUCCAGCCGCGGUCGCCCAGCACGCCGUCCGCCAGCCGCCCGCACACGCCGCAGACGCCCGGCGCCCACCAGGGCGGCUACGUGACGCAAGGGCAGGCGGCUGCGGCUGCCGCAGCGGCCGCCGCCGCCGCGCACCAGCAGCAGCAACAGGGCAUGCCCACGGCGGUCAUGAUGCCGAUGCAGUACGUGAUGGCCGGGCAUCCGCCCUACCAGCCCCAGCCGCAGGGCGGCAGGCUGAAGAGAUGUGAGUAUCCCAGAUAUGUUAAUGUGCCGAUGAGGACGGACGUGUCGCAGAUGCAGGUGGCGGCGGCCACCGGACAGCCCCUUUUGGCGCCCGCCCCCCUCCAGCAGUUCAUCUAUCCGGGCCCGAACAUGGGCCAGGCCUACCAACCGAUGCACGCCGCCGCCGUGCGCAUGUACGACGCCACUGCCGCCCCCCCGCAACUCCAGUACAUGCCGCAGCAGCCGGCGCAGGCCCCGUCGCCCGCCCAACCGCCCCCGCAAUACAACCCCGCAGGUCAACAGGGCGGACCGCAGGGCCCGCAGCAGCAGCAGCAGCAGCAGCAGCCGCCGCAGCAGUACCAACCGGCGCAACCGCCGCCUCCGCAGGGCCACCACCAGCUGCCGCACCUGAUGUACCCGAUCCUGCAGACGCAGCCGCACAUGCUGCAGAACAUACCCUACUUGCAGCAGCCGCCGCACCACCACCUGCCGGUGGCCCUGCACCAGCUGCAUCCGGGCCAGGGGCAGCCGCACGGCCCCAAUCCCUAGCGCUAGGCCCCCCGCCCCGCCCGCCCCCCCGCGAGACGCCCAAGUUAGUUAAUUUUUCGACGAAUAUCGGCCGAGCGCGCGAAUCUUCUCGCUAUCCGAGCAAAAAAAAAAAACGAAAAACGUCAAGUAAGUGCAAAUCACGCGCCGUUUACCACGCGAAAGUUUGUUUAGCAGGCGGAGCAUCGUUGAAAGAAAAAUUGGGGAUGAUUUUUUAGUUCAAAUCGAACAUAAAAAAUACCUCUUUUUGACUUUUCAAGAUUUUUAGUUCCAUCUCGUUUCGAGCGUACUAAAAAUCACGAAGUUAGGCAACCCACUGCACAGGCCAUUUUAAUGCUGUUUAUACAGAUUAAAAAUCGUUAAAAACCCUAAAAGAAGCCUUAAAGUGCCAAGGACAAACAUUUUAAUCCUCUUUCGUAAAAAAUAAACCCUAUUCUAUCAAACUGUCAUCAAACUGUCAAAUGUCAACUUGGUUAUGUAAAAUUAACCUUAAAAUUGACAUUUGGCAUUUUGAUGACAGUUUUAUAGAAUAGGGUUUAUUUUUUACAAAAGAGGGUUAAAAAAGUUGCGUCACGUUUAAAACGAUUAUUAAUAUGUAAAAACUCGAAGCGCAAGAAUUGUAAACGACGUAAAAAUGGCCGCCGUUACAGUCUGCGCAGUGGGUUGCCUACUUCGAGAUUUUUAGCAAAUGUCAAAAAUAUUAAAAAGUUAACUUUGAAAUAUUUUUAGCAAAUGUCAAAAAUAUUAAAAAGUUAACUUUGAAAUAUUUUUCUCGUUUCUGAUUUUUUUUUUAAUUUUGUGUAGAUUAUUUAUAAUCUAGGAUAACCACAAAUCUCAAUUUUGAAUGUUCCAUGAUAAUUAAUAAAUAAAAUUGCAAUAUUUUAAUUUUUGGCAAGAUAUUUCAAUCAGUUAAAAUUUUGACAUAUUUUAUAAAAUCAGCUUAUAGUUCAAAAUAAAUUUUUGUGCGAAUAUUUAUAAAAUAUAAUAAUCAUAUUUCAUAAAAUAAUUUAUAUCUUCUCUCAAAAAUGCAUUUUAAACUUUUAAAUUGAUUUUACAAAAUAAUGUGUCAAAAUAAAAAUUUUGGACUUGCACUGUUCUUAAUAUCACCAAUUCAAUUAUUUUUUCGACAUGUUUAAUCAGGAGCACUGAAAAAAAAUUCUUAAGGUCACACAUGUCAAAAUUCUGGUGCCAGUGACAGAUGUCAAAAAUGACAGUUGACAGCUGUCAAAUCCGAAAAACAAUAAGAUUUUUUAUAAAAAAAAUUGUAGAUGAUUUAUUAUAUAAUAUUUUGGCAUAAAAAUUGUCAAAAUAUAUUCUUCUAUUAGGCUAUACAUUAAAUUAAAAAAAAACGAAAGAAAUAUUUUACAAAAGUAGAGAUAAUUUUAAUAAUUGAAAGGUGUGGACGGGUUAAAAAAAAUUUAUCUUGUACCAUAUCUGUCAAUUAUUAAAAUUAUCUUCACUUUUAUAAAAUAUAUCUUGCGAUUUUUUUAAAUUAAUGUACAGCCUGAUAAAAUAAGAAUAUAUUCGACAAUUUUAAUGCAAAAUAAUAUGUAAUAAAUUACCUACAAUUAAAAAAAGAAUUGUGAAUGAUGCAGGUGACAUAUGUCAAAAAUGACAGUUGACAGGUGUCAAUUACGAAAUACAAUAAGCUUUUUAUAAAAAAUGUAGAUAAUUUAUUAAUUAAUAUUUUGGCAUAAAAAUUGUCAAAAUAUUUUCUUUUAUUAGGCUAUACAUUAAAUUUAAAUAAAAACGCAAGAAAUAUUUUAUAUAAGUGGAGAUAAUUUUAAUAAUUGAAAGGUGUUGAUGGGACAAAAAAAUUAUCUCGUCAAUUAUUAAAAUUAUCUCCACUUUUAUAAAAUAUAUUUUUCGUUCUUUUUUAAUGUAAAGAUUGAUAAAAGAAGAAUAUAUUUGACAAUUUGAAUGCAGAAAUAAUAUGUAAUAAAUUGCCUAAAAUUUUUUUUAUCAAAAUAGUUUUGUGGUUUGUCCCGGUCGUAUGCCGCAUGUCAAAAUGAUGAUGCAGGUGACAGAUGUCAAAAAUGACAGGUGUCAAAAUAAUCUUUUUGAAACCUGUCAUUUUUGACAUCUGUCAUUUGCAUUAUUUUUGAUUUUUUUUGCAAAUGCAACGAUUGACAUCUGUCAGCUUAUUGGAUUUCGUAUUAUCGUUUUAUAUGGCUCAUUUUUGACAUCUGUUAUAGAUUAUUUUUGACACCUCUCACCUGUCAUUUUUGACAUCACUCAUUUGUAUCAUUUUUGAUUUUUUUUGCAAAUGCAACGAUUUUACAAAAAAAAUACUAGACACAAAUUCCGAAUAAAUUUUUGAAAUUGGCUUAAAAAGUCACCUAUAAAAACAAAGUUUUACUUACAGCCUUAAGAACGAAAAAAUGGCACAACCUGCGAAAAAUUAAAAAAUUGCGAUAAUAAAUUUCGCGGUAAUUAAUUAUCAAAAUUUGUCGCUCCGUCUGUUAAAUGAAUAGACUUUGCGCUAUUAAUUAAAACCAUUGAAUUGAUAAAAUAAUUGUUUCUGAAUACUGUAACGUCGCGUUUUGAUGUUCUAACGUUGGUUUCUAUUGAAAACAAUGACUUUGAAUGUGACAUAUGAUUUACCCUUUGGUUGUGGUAUAUUUUACGCCGCCCUAUGACGUAUGCAGCUAACUAUAACUAUAAAUUGAAUUUGAAUCGUUUCGUUGCGCGGAUAGCGAGAAGCCCAUCUUUCAGAAAAAAAAUUGUUAUUGUUAUUUUUGUUUUUAUAUACACUCUUGUUAAUUUCUGGUUAUAGAAAUUUAAUUAUAGAAUCGAGCGGUCCCGAUUAAUUUGGACCUGCUCGCGUCAAAAAUCAGUUUGAAUCAAUUUCAUUCCAUUUUUUUUCACAUAUUAUUUUCCAUAGGUAGUUGGUCAUCUUUCAUGCAACCGCUUCGUUCGAAAAAAAAUCUUUGCGCUUUUGUUUCGAGCGUAGGCGGUUGUUUCUCGAGACUCAUGUAAAUGCUGGCACCGUCAUUUUUUUCUCGCUUGCCUGAAGAUAUUGAUUUUAAAAUUCCGGCAAGAGGUGCUUGUAUAACAUAAUAAUAGGUGCCUUAAAUGCGUUUUUUGUUUUAUUUCCGUUUAAUUUUUAUAAUUAAAUGUUUGGCACCGUUUUACCGGAACAUGGGAGGAACUUACUUAGUUGAUCUAAGUAUUAAAUGAAUUGAAGAUUAAUGAAUCUUUGCGACAACAUACAACAAGUCGAACAACACUUGACCUUUCUUUAUUUUCAUGUGUAUUUGUCCACGCCUUUUUUGGUAGUGGAUCUUGAAAAAAAAAAUAUUUAAACAGUUGAUAAAAAAACUUUUUUUUUGACAAAUAAAAUCCUUUGUUU